UAGUUUAGUAGUGCCGUUGAGAUACGGAUACCAAUCUCUCUCUCCUCUCUCAAGGUUCUCUUUGUUCCUUAUCGGCUCCCGUUCUCACUUUCUCGCCGCAGAGAGACGAUCAUCCCCAGCCACAGAAACCGAGAGAAAAUCCGAGACAAAGGAAGGGAAGAAGAUUAUAGACAUAUACAGAAGUCCUCAUGGCGUUGGCAGUCUUUCUUCCAACGAUCUGAUCCUGAAACCCUAGAACCGCAUCGCUUCUCCAUCUCUCAGGCUUGCACGGUCUGCCUUACCGAUUCCUGUGAUCUUCAUACCUGGGAAUUUCAGUUUUGAGCUCCUUUUGUAUAAGCUUCUUGCGUACGCGAACCCUAGAUUCGGUGCUUGGCUGCCCCUUGUGUUUUUGUUUCGAUCUAGGUUGCGGCGGCGCUGUUUUCGUUUUUGGAUUCCGUGCUGCACGGUACAUAAUAUUGCUGCGGGGAGUUUUACUCAUGCGGGUUGGUUUUCAUGCCGCCAGAGCCUGUACCGUGGGAUCGGAAGGACUUCUUCAAGGAGAGGAAGCACGAGAGGCCCGAGUCAUUAGGCUCCGGUUCUCGGUGGAGGGACUCCCCCUCUCAUCACGGAUCGCGUGAGUUUGCACGUUGGGGAUCUGGGGACUUUCGCAGAGCUCCUGGCCAUGGUAAGCAGGGUGGUUGGCACGCAUUUACUGAGGAAAAUGGUCAUGGAUAUUCGCCCUCGUGGUCCGGUGGCAAGAUACUGGAAGACGACCGGCCAUCCAUUUCGCAUGGAGAUGGGAAAUGUGGAAGAAACAGUCGUGAGAAUAGAGGGUCCUUUAAUCCCAGAGAAUGGAAAGGUCAUACUUGGGAAACAAGCAAUGGGUCCUUGAAUGCACCUGGUAGGCUGCUUGAUGUUGAUAAUAAUAGUGAACAAAGGUCAGUUGAUAAUGUGCCUCAUUCUGACACUGUGAACAUAUGGGAUCAGCUUCACUUGAAAGAACGUCAUGAUAAUAAGAUAGGCCUUAUCAAUGGGUUGGGCACAGGCCAGAGAUCCGAGAGAGAGAGCUCACUGGAUUGGAAGCCUCUUAAGUGGAUCCGUUCUGGUAGCUUGUCUUCCCGGGGCUCUGGUUUCAGCCAUUCAAGCAGCUCAAAGAGCCUAGGUGGUGCAGACUCCAAUGAAGGAAAGGCUGAAUUGCUGCAUAAGAAUGCUUCUCCGGUCCAAUCGCCUUCAGUUGAUGGUGCUGCCUGUGUGACAUCGUCAGUGCCCUUUGAAGAUACAACUUCUAGGAAGAAGCCACGUCUUGGAUGGGGUGAGGGACUUGCAAAGUAUGAGAAGAAGAAAGUUGAGGGUCCUGAUGUUUGUGUGAAUAAAGAAGGAAAUGUUGUUUGUGCUAGUAAUCUAGAGUCCAAUCAUUCUCUGAGUUCUAACUUCGCUGACAAGAGUCCUAAAGUCGUGGGUUUUUCAGAUUGUGCAUCUCCUGCGACUCCGUCAUCUUUUGCUUGUAGUUCCUCUCCAGGUGUAGAGGACAAAUCUUCUGGCAAAGCAGUAAAUAUGGAUAAUGAUAUCAUUACCUUCUGUGGUUCACCGAAUCUUGGAUCUCAGAAUUUUCUUGAAGGAAUCUCAUUUAAUUUAGAGAAGUUGGAUGUUAGCUCAAUAGUUAAUUUAGGUUCUUCACUCGUUGAUCUGCUUCAGAUGGAUGAUCCUUCUGCCCAUUCUAGUUUCGCGAGAUCAUCUGCCAUGAAUAAAUUGCUUUUAUGCAAGAGUAAUGUAUUGAAGGUUCUGGAGAUGACUGAAUUGGAAAUUGAUUUGCUUGAAAAUGAACUUAAGUUACUGAAAUUUGAAUCCAAAAAUGGAUGUCUAUGUCUGGCAACAUCUGGUUCUGUUCACACUGAGGAGAAUGCAAAACUGUGUAGCGAACUUGGAUCAAAAUUCGUCAUGGUUCCUCGACCUCCCCCCCUGCAAGUUGAUACUGCUGAUGCAAUUGUGGAGGAAUGUAACAGAGAAGAACUCAGUGUUGGUGGUGAGGAUAUUGAGAGCCCUGGAACUGCUACUUCCAAAUUAGCUGAAUCCAUAUCCUUGGAAAAGGCGGUAUCUUCAUCUGCUUUGAAGUGCAGUGAACGUUCUGGGGAAUUAGAUGCAUCUCAACCUACAAAUUUGGUGGCGAGUUUGGUUAAUACUUCUAAUGAGGAAGAUGUUGUUGUAUCUUCCGGCCGGGAAGGAAGUUUGCCUUUGAAGAUCAUGAAUGAUAGAACACCUAUUACUAAUGAUGUGGGUUUUCAUACUGAUGUCGAGCACAAACUGUCUGAAGCGAUAUUAACUGAAAAUAAUGAGUCUGCGAAUAAAGCAUUUGAAGUAUUUAAUAAGUUGCUGCCUAGUAAGCAAUCUGAUUUUACAGGUGUUGCCAACGUGGUAUCCUGGAGGAAGGACUCAUUUAUUAAAGAGAGAUUUGCAGGGAGGCAGCGGUUUUUACGAUUUAAGGAGAGAGUUAUCACCCUUAAGUUCAAAGCUUUCCAGCACCUUUGGAAGGAGGACAUGCGUGCACUUUCUGUAAGGAAACACCGAGCAAAAUCUCAGAAAAAAAGUGAUUUAGGCUUGCGAACAACGCAUGGCGUAUAUCAGAAGCAUCGGUCAUCUAUUCGCUCUAGAUUCUCUUCUCCUGCAGGAAAUGUGAGCUUAGUCCCAACCACUGAGAUAAUUAAUUUUACAAGCAAGCUACUCUCUGAUUCCAGAGUCAAGCAUUGCAGGGAGGCCUUGAAGAUGCCAGCAUUAAUUUUAGACAACAAGGAGAAGAUGCUAUCUCGGUUUACCUCUAGUAAUGGAUUACUUGAAGAUCCUUUGGCUGUGGAGAAGGAGAGAACAUUGGUCAACCCUUGGACGCUGGAAGAGAAAGAAAUUUUCAUGGAUAAGCUAGCCGUUUUUGGGAAGGAUUUCAGAAAAAUUGCUUCUUUUCUUGAUCACAAGACUACUGCUGACUGUGUUGAGUUUUACUACCAAAAUCACAAAUCUGAUUGUUUUGAGUGGACUAAGAAGAAGAAGCUUGAUCUCGGUAAGCAAAAGAAGUCUGUCACUAAUAGUACGUACAUGGUGGCAUCUGGGAAGAAAUGGAAUCGCGAAGUAAAUGCUGCCUCACUUGAACUUCUGGGUGCAGCUUCAGUAAUGGCAACUCAUGUAGAUAAUGGUACUGGAAGUCAGCAGAUGUGUCCUGGUAAUGUCUUCCGGACAGGAUAUAAUGAUUCUAAAGUACCUCAGGUUGAUGAUGUCAUGGUGGAAAGGCCAGGCAGCUUUGAUAUUCAUGGGAAUGAAAGAGAAACUGUUGCUGCUGAUGUGUUAGCAGGCAUUUGCAGUUCCUUGUCCUCAGAGGCAAUGAGUUUUUGCUUAACUAGCUCUGCUGACCAUGGGGAGGGCUAUCAAGAGCGGAGGUAUCAGAAUAUGAAUUCUGUCGUAAAAGGUCCUUCAACAUCUGAUGUGACACAGUAUGUUGAUUAUGAGACUUGUUCAGAUGAGAGUAGUGGGGAAAUGGAUCCAGCUGAUUGGACAGAUGGGGAGAAAUCUAUCUUUAUACAGUCUGUGUCAUCCUAUGGUAAGGAUUUCACGAAGAUUGCUCGAUGUGUUCGAACUAGGUCCAUGGAUCAGUGCAAGGUCUUCUUUAGCAAGGCUCGGAAGUGCCUUGGACUGGAUCUGCUUCAUCCUGAACCCCGCAAUGUGGGAACACCAGCAAGUGAUGAUGCGAAUGGAGGUGGUGACGAUGCAGAGGAUGCUUGUAUUUUCGAGACAGGUUCAACUGUCUGCAGUGAUAAGAUGGGCUCUAAGAUGGAUGGGGACUUGCCAUUGUCUGUCAUAAAUUCAAAACAGUAUGAAUCCAAUCAUAUGAAGUACAUGGAUUUGGAAACUGACCUGAACAAAUCAGAAGGGAAGGAUUGGAUGGGACCUCCAGAAUCUAACAAUUGCAAAACAGUUAAAACUUCGAUGCCUGAUAUGUGCCAGGCAGAGGUUAGGGCUGAGCAAGUUUCUGAAUGUGACCAAAAAUCAUCAGUUGAAUCGGCCACUACCGAAGCUAGAAAAGAUGAAGUGACUGAACAAGGCUUUGCAACUGCAGGCUCAGCUUCAGUUGGAGAGGCGGUUGACCUAGGUGCAUCUAGUUCAAAUGUUAUGGUUGAGAAAGAGGCUGUCGGGGAGGUUUCUAGUGGAAAUAGUUUGGAAAGAGAAGUUUUAUUGCCAAGCCUGAGUGAUAAAGUGGAUAGGAAGCACUGUGGUGACCCAAGCAGCCAUAGUGGGUCUAUGCAAGAUCCCAAUGCGAGUGGAAAUGCUCAUCAACUGUCUGUAGAUACUAGUGCUUGUUCACCAUCAAGGCCAAUCUCUGAAAACAAGCAACAGGUUUUGCUUAAGUUGGAUAGCCUGGAAAAACCUCCCGUCAUAUGCAUUCCUAAGGAGCAUUGUGUUUCUACUUCUAUUUCUGUCGCACAUGAUUCAGCUGUCAUUACGAGUGAUAAAAUGCUUGUCCAUGAUAGGCCGUCAUCGACUCUUGAUGUUCAAGCUAGUGCAGAUAAGCAAGGUCAUAAAUCCGUUGGCCAGGAUGACUGUCAACAACAUUUGUCUUUACAUCCUUCAUCGAACCAUAUUGAAUCCCCCCAGAUUAUCACUGGUUAUCCGUUGCAAAUUCCAACUAAGAAGGAUAUGAACCGUGAUUCAAGUUGCAGACAGUUAUCUGAAGUCCAUAACUACUGUAAUUCAGAUGGGAAUUUGACUGGUCCAUCUUUGACUCAGGAUUGCUAUCUUCAAAAGUGUAACAGCAGUUCAAAACUUCCGUGUACAGUGGCAGAGUUUACGCCAAAGUCCCAAAAGAAGGAACAAAUUGCUGGUUAUCCAAGAGGCCAUUCAAAGAGUUUGUCUGAUGCGGAAAAACCAUGUGGAAAUGGUGAUUUCAAGUUGUUUGGUGCGAUACUCAGUCAUCCAUCCUCUGCACAGAAGGCGGAUUCCAUUUCUAUUUCUCAUGAGAACGAUGAGAGGGGGAUUCAUCAACCUAGACAGAGUAGUAAGACAUCAAAUAUUAAAUUCACCAGCCAUCCCAUUGCAGAAGGAAAUACAGGUGUCCUCAAGUUUGACCGAAACAAUAAUUUGGGGGGCCUUGAGAACGUUCCCAUUAGAAGUUAUGGCUUCUGGGAUGGGAAUCGGAUACAAACUGGUUUUUCAGCGUUGCCUGAUUCUACCCGUUUGCUGUCUACGUAUCCUGCCGCAUUUGCCAAUUAUCAAGGUUCCACAUUGAAAAUAGACCAGCAAUCAUUGCAGGCUGUUAUUAAGAAUAAUGAACGAAAUGUGAAUGUCCUCUCUCCUAGGGAGAUAGGAGGAGCUAAUGGGCUGUUGGAUUAUCAGCUGUACAGGAGUCCUGAUGGUACUAAAGUGCAUCCAUUUGCAGUAGAUAUGAGGCAACGGCAAGAAGCAUUGCUUGCCGAGAUUCAAAAACGAAACGGUUAUGAAGCAGUCUCAAGCUCACAGCAACAGCAGCAGCAGCAGCAGCAGGGAAGGGCGAUGGUGGGGAUGAAUGUUGUGGGAAGAGGAGGAAUCCUUGUAGGGGGACCUUGCACAGGUGUUUCGGAUCCUGUAGCUGCGAUCAAGAUGCACUAUGCGAAAACAGACCUAUAUGGUGGCCACAGUGGUGGUAUCAUCAGGGAGCAGGAAUGGAGAGGCAAUGGGGAGACAUAGGCAGCAGGUAGUAGGAUUGCAGAAAGGGCCUCCGUUAAGUGGCCCCUGGUCGGCAAAUAUCUUUUUUUGCCGCAUCCAUGUAUUAUAGUUUUUGUAUUGUUCAAUGGAAUGAUAGGGCAUUAGAAGGUUCUUAAUUUCAUCUUUUUUUGGUAAGUUUUUUUUGGUGCUUGUAGCAUUUACAGCAGGCAGGCUUUGUAUUUGUUGUAUCUGAGAUCAAAAAUACUGAAUAAUCUGCCAAAAACUUGGGAGUGGUAUCAGUUAUACUCCAUCUCACCACCCA